AUCUGUGAUAAGGAGUGGCAUUAUUACGUCAUCAGCGUUGAUUUCCCAGUGGUGACUCUAUAUGUGGACAGCGUGACCUAUGACCCGUACCUGGUGACAGAUGACUGGCCCAUCCAUUCCUCUCAGAUCGACGUGCAGCUCACUGUAGGAGCCUGCUGGCAAGGUGGUGAGGUCUCUAAAGCAAAGUUUACGCAGUAUUUCAGAGGUAGUUUGUCUGGACUGAUGAUACGACCAGGAAAGAUCGAAAACAAGAAGAUCAUCUCCUGCCUACAGGCCUGCAAAGAAGGAUUGGACAUCACCUCACUGGAGAGCCUCGGACAGAGGAUAAAGUUUCAUCUGAAUCCCGCUCAGUCUCUGGUGGUGAUGGAGGGAGAGGAUCUGGAGCAGAUGAACGCCGCACUGAGAAAAGUUUCUUACAUCAACUCUCUGCAGUUUCCCACCAAGGGAGCGCGUCACCUCCGGAUCUCAACAGCAGUGCAGUGUUUCGGGGAGGAUGUGUGUAUUUCUGUCCCUGAUAUUGAGGCGGUUGUCAUGGUAAUGCAGCCUAGUGAACCACGCAUCACAAUCACUGGGGCGGAGCACCUGACCGUCCCCGCCUCUGACCUUGCCCUCGGCCUAUCCCUGUUCAGAGAUUUGCAUAUCAUCAGCACAGUAACAAAAAGCGACGGACAGACAAACACAGAUCACAGGUCAGGUGCAUUUAAGGAAAUCACACAUAAUCUGGACUACUGUGACAUCAUGGUGUUGGGGGAGGAGUUAAGGGCGGGGCUAGAGAGUCUGGAACUGCACCACAGUGCCUUAUUGGGCAAACACCUGGAAUACGCCAACUCCAGCACUGGCAUGUCCAUAUAUGGUGUGGACUCCAUCUCUCACUACACAGAGGUGAUCGGACAGGUGCGUUAUCAGAGCCGUCAGGCUGUCGAUUCUGUCCGCACCUUCAGACUCACCUGUUCUGAGCUCAGCGGACGUUACACCAGCGAUCAGUAUACAUUACAGGUCAACAUCCUUCACAGCGAGGAAGCUAUUGAACAUGUCAAUCAUGCGAUUGCUCCGCCCAAAUACAUGCAAAUUAUUCAUCCUACAGUCAUAGAAUCUAACAGCUACAGCAUAGUCGUACCUGCCGUUGCUACUGCAGUCAUUGUGCUGUGUAUCGCCGCCCUGCUGGUGGUGCUGCUGAGUGUUUACCUCUUCAACCAACCACAAAACCAAGAGCACAUUCACACGCACACGCUGCCAGAGAAACAAGCGGACUGUGACGGAUCCUCUCUCUCCAUCACUGUCAACCCUCUGGAGAGCUUUCAGGAGCUUCAGUCAGCAGAAGUAACUGAGGAGGACAAGGAAGAAGACGAGGAAGAGGACUGCGAUAUCUCUAGUACCGACUCAGACAGCGAUGAAGAGGAAACUACCACGUCUUUCAUACAUAAUCAAACCAGGAUGCAAUGGGGAACAUCAACAUUACACUGAUGAAAACACAUUCACACAAAUACAACGCUCUACCUGUAGCAUUCUAGUGACCUGCAAUACACGCGAGUUGACGUGCAAACACACUUCGAAAGACUUCGAAACAGCUCUGAUCCUUUGUGAUACUGUUUUUGGUGUGAGGUGACAAACUAAUAAAAGUCCUGCAUCCCGUCUGAUCCCUUUACACUCUCUGUCUCUACCGCUGGAGGACAAUAACAAAAUAUGAGACAGUGUAGUCACAGAAGAAACUCGAGCAGCCGCCUGUUCAGGCUUUUGAUGAAAAGGGAGUUUCUUUUUUUUGAUGCCUCUACAGUGCAUCUCGUUUUCUCAGACCCGUUUGAUGUGAAAUGAUCGUCCUUUCAUAAUAACCCUGAAAUUAAUCUCUAAUGGCUUCCUUGAAUAUGUUUUUAUAAAUCUGUGCGUGCACCUUUUUAAUGUAGUCUUUCUCCGUCGGUCUCUCUUCUGUGUAACAUGGCAGUGUUUGUGUGCUUUUGUAAAUGACUGUUCUUUCAUUAUAAAGUGCAAAUGAAUGGGUUGUAUGUUUGUACAUCUUACCGACUAAACGGAAUUUGCUCCUUUUUGUGGUCGCUGCUGCAC